CAUCCAUCAACCAUAAACGACGAUAGAUCUUUGAAGAUGGCCAGCAUCUCGACGACGGCAAAAGAGACGUCCAAGACGAUCCAGAUGCUCGAGCGCAUCGGCUCGCACUCGCACGUCAAAGGCCUUGGCCUUGACGAGUCGCUCAAUCCCCGACACACAUCGCAGGGCAUGGUGGGACAGACCUCAGCACGAAAGGCUGCAGGUGUCAUCGUCAAGAUGGUUCAGGAGGGCAAGAUUGCAGGAAGGGCUAUUCUCAUCGCUGGUCCACCCAGCACGGGCAAGACGGCCAUCGCCAUGGGCAUGGCCCAAGCCCUGGGGCCGGACGUGCCCUUUACGAUGCUCUCUUCCUCGGAGGUCUUCAGUCUUGAGAUGUCAAAGACAGAGGCCUUGACUCAGGCUUUCCGUCGGAGUAUCGGUGUCCGCAUCAAAGAGGAAAAGGAGGUCGUCGAGGGAGAGGUCGUCGAGGUACAAAUUGACCGAAGCCUCACAGGGGCCACCAAGACCGGGAAAUUGACUGUCAAGACAACGGACAUGGAGACCAUCUAUGACCUGGGAAACAAGAUGAUCGACAGUCUCUCUCGCGAAAAAAUCUCAGCGGGCGAUGUUGUGAGCAUCGACAAAUCUUCGGGCCGAAUCUCGAAAUUGGGAAGGAGCUUCACCCGCGCAAGGGACUACGACGCCAUGGGCAGCGAUACGCGUUUUGUCCAGUGCCCAGAGGGAGAGCUUCAGCGCCGGAAAGAGGUUACGCACAUGGUCUCUCUCCACGAGAUCGACGUCAUCAAUAGCCGGACGCAAGGCUUCUUGGCUCUUUUCGCCGGUGACACUGGUGAGAUCAAGCCCGAGCUUCGUGACCAGAUUAACGCCAAAGUCGGCGAAUGGCGCGAGGAGGGCAAGGCCGAUAUUGUACCUGGCGUGCUCUUCAUCGACGAGGUCCAUAUGCUCGAUGUUGAGUGCUUUAGCUUCAUCAAUCGGGCUCUUGAGACGGAGCUGGCGCCGCUCGUCAUCAUGGCGAGCAACCGAGGAAUGACGCGGAUCCGCGGCACCCGCUACAAGAGCCCCCACGGCAUGCCAAUCGACCUGCUGGACCGCGUCCUGAUCGUUCAGACGAAACCGUAUGAGCUUACAGACAUCCGCGCCAUUCUUCAACUCCGAGCGCAGGAAGAGGACGUGACGAUUGACGAGGCGGCCCUCGAGGUGCUGACACGUAUCGGUGGGGAGACGUCGCUGAGAUACGCGCUGCAGCUCAUUACGACAUCGAGCUUGGCUGCAAGGAGGAGAAAGGCCGACUCGAUCGAUGUGCAGGAUGUCCGUCGGUGCUAUGGCCUUUUUGUCGAUGAAAAGAGAAGCACACAAUUUCUGGCUCAGUACGGGAAGGAGUAUCUCCAGGAGGAAGACUACGUCGAUGGAAUUCCUGCCAACGGCUCGGCUGACGUGUCGGCGACGACGGCGGCUGGUGCAGGAACCGCUCCAAUGGAAUUGACAAUGUCCUGAACCUACUCCCCCCUUUUGUACAAUAUCAUUCUACCAAUUGAAAAGAAACUGUGUCUGGAUACUGAUGAAAG